AUCUCUCUCUCUCUCUCUCUCUCUCUCUCUCUCUCACACAGUAAGAAGAGAGUCUCUCUAAUGGCUGUAGAAUGAACAAACGAUUACAAAACAAUCUCCUUCGUCUUGAUGGCUUUAGAAGAAGAAGAAGAGAGUCAAAACGCACCGUAUUGCGUUGUUCUCGAUGGUCUCUUCUGUGAGGAGGAAGAGACUGAGUUUGGGGAAGAAGAAGAACAACAACAAGUAGAUUUGUGCUGCGAAGAGGGUGUCAAAAAGUUUCCGUUUUUACAACUGGGUUUGUCUGAUCACGAUAUGUUUUGGGAUGACGAUGAGUUGUCGAAUCUGAUUUCGAAAGAAGCAGAAGAAGACUUGUUUAAAAAAAAACCGAGUCUUUAUUAUGACGAAAUCUUAGAUGAUGAGUUUCUUGUUCUGUGUCGUGAAAAGGCUCUUGAUUGGAUUUUCAAAGUGAAAUCUCAUUAUGGUUUUAAUUCCUUGACGGCUCUUCUAGCUGUUAACUACUUCGAUAGGUUUAUUACUAGCAGGAUGUUUCAGUCUGAUAAGCCUUGGAUGUCUCAGCUUACUGCUGUCGCUUGUUUGUCUUUAGCUGCUAAGGUUGAAGAGAUCCGUGUUCCUUUACUCUUAGAUUUCCAAGUGCAAGAGGCAAGAUAUGUCUUUGAGGCUAAGACUAUACAGAGAAUGGAGCUUCUUGUUCUGUCUACUCUUGAAUGGAGGAUGCAUCCUGUCACUGCAAUCUCGUACUUUGAUCACAUUAUUCGACGAUACCGCUUUCAAUCUCAUCAGCAAUUGGAUUUCUUGAGUAGAUGUGAAUCUUUGUUGCUCUCUAUUGUUCCUGAUUCGAGGUUUCUGAGUUAUAGUCCCUCUGUGUUAGCCACUGCAAUAAUGGUCUCUGUCAUUAGAGAUUUCAAGAUGUGUGACGAAGCUGUAUAUCAAUCUCAGCUCAUGACUCUACUCAAAGUUAAUAAGGCGAAAGUAAAUAAAUGCUAUGAGUUAGUGUUAGACCACAGUCCAAGCAAGAAAAGGAUGAUGAAUUGGAUACAACAACCGGCUAGUCCUAUCGGUGUAUUCGAUGCAUCAUUCAGCUCUGAUAGCUCGAAUGAGUCAUGGGUUGUGUCUGCUUCUGCUUCAGUCUCGUCUUCACCAUCUCAAGAGCCUUUGCUCAAGAGGAGAAGAGUUCAAGAGCAGCAGAUGAGGUUGUCUUCAAUAAACAGAAUGUUUCUCGAUGUCCUUACUAGUACUAGUCCUCGCUAAUAAUAAUGUCUACAACUUUAUCUUAAAUCUGUCGAUUUAGAAAAAACGUUUAAAAUCUGUUUCCAUGUUUUACAUAUUAUCCGGCUAUGGUUAAAUUCAGAAACAGUAUGUGUUUUUUACUUGGCUCAUGUUUCAAAUGGUGUCUGUUUCGUUUAUUUGAUUAUCGAAAAGUA